AUGGGACGUCCCACGAAACCAAAUUCGGACUAUGCAAUAAGUAAAUUCUUGAGCGAGAAUUCGAAUGUUCCUGUAGCAAAAGAUAUGCGUGCUUGGGAAGAUAGUACCAGCUACUGGCGAUUGAUGGAGAGAGUCCCUGGCAUAACACUCCUGAACGCUUGGGACGAUCUCACUUUAGAGCAGCAUCGCACAAUCGGCACGGAAAUAGCAGAGUAUUUGGCGGAAGCACGCAAAUUCACAUCGACAAAACCAGAAGCUCCAGAUGGUAAGCCGCUCAGAGAUCAAAAUUUUGGAGCUCGAUAUUUCUAUGUGGAUCUGAUGACUACUGAUCGAGAAGAAUGGUGGGCACGUACAGAGCCCCGAAUUCUUAACCGAUCCAGCACCCCGCAGGAAAGAAUAAUGAAGUUCAAGGAGAGUUAUCCCCUCAAGGAAGGAGCAAAAUAUGUACUCUCUCAUGGUGAUCUCAACGCAUCUAACAUUAUGGUAAAAGAUGGACAUGUUACCGCUAUCAUAGAUUGGGAGCAUGGAGGUUAUCGUCCAGAAUGGUGGGAAUGGAGCGAGUGGCAGGGGAGUCGGGAGCCCAUUUUGAACUUUAUUCGAGACCAUCCAGAUGAAGUUACGUGGAACCAUGUUGUUACAGAGCAGAUGAUACGGCUCGGUAUCGAUGUGGAUAUGCCUGCCGAUGCUUCAGCCUGCGAAUCAUCGUAUGCUCAUGGUUGUAGGGAGCCCUCAGAUGAAGAGGUACCUAAGUACGAGUGGGAAAAAUUCGAUAGGUACCUGUAUUGGGGCUGCACCAAUUACAAACGUUAUCUUGACGAUGAGGGUCCGAUGGCGGGUUACCUUGCGGAAGAACGCAGAAAGAAGGCAAAGGAGGAAGCGAAAAAAGUAGCAAUCGUGCGAGCUUUCGACAGGCUAAGCUCAGACGAGCAGGAUAUCUUCUUGACCGGAAAGAUACAAAGGGGGUCGGGCGAAAAAUGUAAAAGGCUUAGAAACUUGGAUGAUGAUUUCGAAAAGCUAGGAAUCUGA